AUGGCAGGUCUUGUUCGCUCCAAGCUUCAAUUAACAAUGAAAAACGCUCUCAAGUCCCUUAACAAUAACAUAGAGCGAGGGAUCGAUGAGUUUCCGAGCGAUGUAGAGAAAGUGGAUGUAUUUUGCGAAGGUUCCACUAUAGUUCUGCAGAUAAACAGUGGUAUUCUAGUGGUCGAGUUGAUACCGACAAUUGUUAUACCCAAGUCAAAUUUGGAGUGGUGUCGUAGAUUUUCCAAAUCUGAACCUCCUUCUCAUGUAGUCGGCAAAGCGUGUCAAUUUCCUCUCAGCGAUCCCGAAACCCUCUGGGAACUGUCAUUUUUGUCUGCUGAAAACAGAAAGCUCCGCUCUCUUGGAACCACAAAAUAUCGCUUGUUGUUAUCUCUGGCAGAGAUAAGAGAGCGAGACAAAACGCUGUGUGAGCUAUCACUGUAUCAGUUACAAACUGUUCUUUUUCAUACAGGGGAUCAAAUCAAUGAUCCCAUGAAAUGGUGCGCGGAAAAGUUUGGAGAUCGCUUUCUGGACAUAUUGCGCUGCUUGGAAAAGUUUUUGGAAAACAAACAUUGCCCACAUUUUUUUAUUCCUAACACGAACCUGUUUUCUGCGAUAAAUGCUGUCACUCUCUCUACUCUUAAGGACAGAGUUCGUAGAAUGGUGAAGCCAACGUGCGUGGCUUGUGGGGUGGCGACAAUGUGCCAAAACAGGGAACAGAGGAGAGAAAUACAGACUUAA